GCCGAUAUCAUGUGGAGUACCAGGCACUGGGAAAAAAUUGACCUCCGUCAGAAGUUCAACUUCCACCUGUACUAUCCCAUUCAGGCGGUGCCCGAUCGCAAAAGUCUUUUUGACGUUUUGGUUGACGGCAUCUUAAAUGAAGGUACCAUUGUGGAGGUUUUUGGCGAUGACCGUUUUGAGAUCCCCUAUACUCCUGAUCAGGUACAGGGUUACGUGCAAAUGGUAGAUACCGUUCGCGACCCCGAUGACCCCAACAUUAUCCUGUUGGUUGAUACCAUAAAAAUUACCUCCAAGGAUGUGUUGUUCUGGGAAAUCAAAAGCGAUUGGUAUUUUGACAAGCAACGGGGCGAAAUGAAAAACCGCAUUAUCGGUAUAUCGCCCAUCGUACGAAAUCCUAAAACCCUGGAUACGUACAACCUUUUCUGGGUUUGGUUUCCCGAUGCCCGUUACGCGCUUUCUACCCACGUUGCCUUUAAUGAGCAAAACAACACCCAACGUUUAACCUACGAUCAGGUAUUUCAUUUGCGCUUUUUUCAGAGUGUAAUUACCAAGGAAGACAACGUUUACGACCGUGCCAUUGAAGAGUACAAACGCAACGAACCCAUAGAACAACUAAUUGAAGCCGAUCGCAUAAAGAAUAACUUGCGAAACUUUGAGCACGACCUUUGGGAGUACUAA